UUUGUGAUAUAUUUUCAGGGACCUAAAGACAAACAAAGAUUUAUAGCUAUAACUACAUUAGAAGAUGCACAGGCAAUACGUACAGUGGCAUUUCAUCCUUCUGGACAAUAUUACUCUAUUGGUUCCAACUCAAAGAUGUUACGUAUUUGUGCUUUCCCUGACAUAUCUGAUCUUAGAGAAGAUCAACCAACAGUGGAAGCUACUGUAUUACAUAAACAACCUAAACAUCAUAAAGGUUCUAUCUACUGUAGUGCAUGGAAUCCCACUGGUGAUCUGAUAGCUACUGGCUCUAAUGAUAAAGUUAUUAAACUCUCUCAAUUUAACCAAGAUUUAGUCAGAAUUGAAGGUAAAGAGAUGGAGUUGUCAUUCCAUGAUGGUACUAUAAGAGAUUUAGUAUUUAUGCAGGAUGCUACUAAUAAAACAUCAAUAUUAAUUAGUGGUGGUGCUGGAGAUUGUAAGAACUAUGUCACAGACUGUGUUACUGGAACUCCCAUCAGAGCUAUGGCUGGUCAUUCUGGUCAUAUUUAUUCGUUACAUACGUGGGGUGGUUGUAUGUUUGUCAGUGGUUCUCAAGAUAAAACAGCUAGAUUCUGGGAUUUACGAGCUUCAACAGCUAUUACAGUAGUACCUAGUCCAUCAGGCAGUGCUUUUGCAUCAGUAUGUGUUGAUCCAUCAGGUAGAUUAUUAGCCUCUGGUCAUGAAGAUGGUGUUGUUAUGUUAUAUGAUAUUCGAGGUGGCCGAGUUAUACAGAAUUUCAAACCCCAUACCAAUGAAUGUCGGUCAGCCCGAUUUUCUAUGAAUGCUUUUUACUUACUUUCUGGUUCUUAUGACCAAAAACUUGUACUCACAGACUUACAUGGUGAUUUAUUACGACCACUACCUAGUGUUGUUAUUGGUGAACAUAAAGAUAAAGUUAUACAGUGUCGCUGGCAUCCUUCACAGUUAGCAUUUAUAACAUGUAGUGCUGACAAAACUGUUAAUUGUUGGGCACUACCAGUACAAUAA